GACAGACAAUAUUCUGUUACAUUGUAGCAAAAUGGCGACUGUCAUUCACAACCCCCUGAAAGCGCUCGGGGACCAGUUUUACAAGGAAGCCAUCGAACAUUGCCGGAGUUACAACUCACGGCUGUGCGCAGAGCGCAGCGUGCGGCUCCCCUUCCUGGACUCGCAGACGGGGGUGGCCCAGAACAACUGCUACAUCUGGAUGGAGAAGAGACACCGGGGCCCGGGCCUUGCUCCAGGCCAGCUGUACACGUACCCUGCGCGCUGCUGGCGCAAGAAGAGACGGCUGCAUCCGCCCGAGGACCCAAAGCUUCGGCUGUUGGAAAUCAAACCUGAAGUGGAGCUGCCCCUGAAGAAAGAUGGGUUCACCUCGGAAAGCACCACCCUGGAAGCCUUGCUGCGCGGUGAGGGCGUGGAGAAGAAAGUGGACGCCAGAGAAGAGGAGGGCAGCCAGGAGAUCCAGAGAGUUUUGGAAAAUGAUGAAAACGUAGAUGAAGGGAAUGAAGAAGAGGACCUAGAGGAGGAUAUUCCCAAGCGGAAGAACAGGACCCGAGGACGGGCUCGUGGCUCUGCAGGUGGCAGGAGGAGGCACGACGCCGCCUCUCAGGAAGAUCACGACAAACCUUACGUCUGCGACAUCUGUGGCAAGCGCUAUAAGAACCGGCCAGGACUAAGCUACCACUAUGCCCACACCCACCUGGCCAGCGAGGAAGGGGAUGAAGCCCAGGAUCAGGAGACGCGAUCCCCACCUAACCACAGAAACGAGAACCACAGACCCCAGAAAGGACCAGAUGGGACAGUCAUUCCCAAUAACUACUGUGACUUCUGCUUGGGGGGCUCUAACAUGAACAAGAAGAGUGGACGGCCUGAGGAGCUGGUGUCCUGUGCAGACUGUGGACGCUCUGGUCACCCGACCUGUCUGCAGUUCACCCUGAACAUGACGGAGGCUGUCAAGACCUACAAGUGGCAGUGCAUAGAAUGCAAGUCCUGCAUUCUCUGUGGGACCUCGGAGAAUGAUGACCAGCUCCUCUUCUGCGACGACUGUGACCGUGGCUAUCAUAUGUACUGCUUAAGCCCCCCCGUGGCUGAGCCCCCAGAAGGAAGCUGGAGCUGCCACUUAUGCUGGGAGCUGCUCAAAGAGAAAGCGUCAGCCUUUGGCUGCCAGGCCUAGAGCCCCAGGUCACAGCAAGUGACCUGAGCUGGACAGGCUGAGCCAGAGCCCAGUUCCAACCGGAUGCGGCCACCCUCCCACACUUCCAGACAGACCAGCUGUAAGGAAAGUGAAUACUCACAGCAGGGUGUGGACGUGUGGGACCGAGAGGGUGAGGCGUCUACUUUACCUCUUGCCCACAGAUGGCACUUCAGCUAGCAUCUCCUUGUUUGUACCAGAAGGAUUUUGCACUUUUGAAGAACACCCCCAGCCCCGGCCCUGUGGAAUCCUCACUUGUACCCUCGCACUACAACUUUCUCACUGGUUUCCAUUUUAAAGGAAAUCAUUUUGUGAUCACUCAUCAAUCACUUGGGUGUUAUUUUUAAAUCUAUCUUUGCACAGCCUCUGCACCCCCAGUUUAGCCUCUUCAUACUAGAUUUGCACCAGAGGAAAAAAGUGCUGUGGAGAAGUUGUUGCUUAUUCCAAGCCACUGGAAAAUUCUGGACUUGGAUCCUGGAGGCCGUCUUGAAGAUGGAGCCUUGAAACCCCGUCUUGUUCCUUAGUCCUUGUAAAGAAGAGUUCUCUGUGGAACCUCAACAGUGGCAUCCACAGCUGGGGUGGCCUUGACUGACUGAAUUUUCACUUGGAGGGGAUGGGGAGGGACUGAGAGAUGGGAAGAAACAUUGGGAAAAUCAUGUUGAGGCCUGCGAUAGCCAUUCAGUGUUUGUUAUUUGUGAGGAGAGACUUGGCAAGGGACUGUGCUAGUUCUUCACCCGUCAGAGCUGAGGUGAGACAAAUCACAGCCCAUGGAGAGAGGGAGCUGCUCAAGGCUCUGCCUCUGACUGAGCUGAGGGUACCGGGAUGGUCAGCUCCUCCUCGUGCUGGGCUCCAGUCAGGUGAGCUGAGACUCCCAGUCACGUAUCCAAACGAUGGCUGCAGAGACCACAGCUUUGAGAAACUCUUCAGUAUUGAUGUUACACUAUGAAUUCCUUUUCCUGAGUAAUUUCUUCCUUUCACAUGGUGUAAGUGUGUGCUUUUGUCUGCAGAGAUCUGAUGGGAAAUUUUAGGAAAAAGGACGGAUAAUUAUUACUUAAGUGGAUGGUUAGGGUAAUGUGAUUAUUUGGAUUAUUUGUGAUAGGUGGCGAUGACGUUGACCCCUCAGCUUGUAGGCUGUUCUUGUCUCCUAUCCGCCACCCUCCCCCCCCCACCAUAGGAGCUGGACUCUUCUUUUUUAAAGUGUUUCCAGAAGAAAGAGGCUGGAGCUAGAUUCUGAGAACUCUGCUGGAGGACAGCUCGGCAGGCUGAAGCGGCCUGGACUCUCUGAAUCGCAGCAACAGCACAAUAACCGAUACAGUUCUAGAGAAAUCAUUUGCCCAAAGGGCAGGUCACUGCGAGCGGGGCCCUGGCGCAUGCUCAGCUUUCCUGAAACUGGCUCCAUCUCUGUAGUCCGGCAGCGUACAACAGAGGCCAGGUUAUUUUUAGUUGUUUGGCUCUUGAAGAAGCCCCUGGAGACCCGGGCUAGCUGGGCCACUUCUGCCUGGCUGCAGUGUUGCUCUGUAGCUCGGUGGGGGCCGACCGAUCGCUCUCAGCCAGGGGAUCCAGGGCAGCCCAGCGUCCAGCCAAGCCGUGUGGCUCCCCCCGCCCCUAUGUAGACUGACCUGUGUAGAAUGACCAAGAGAAUGGGGGUCACUCUCCCGCAGGGCCCACGGCCUCGGAAUGCGUUAACUCAUAUGUAAUGAUUUCUUUUAAAGGGCCCCUGUUCAGAUCAGAUUUUUCUCUUCCUUGUAAGCUAUUUUCUUCCUUCUGAUAGUUGGUGAGCUGGUCUGGAUACUGAAGGCUCGGGGUAGGGCUGGGAGGGUCCCAGCGCUGUGGAGAGGGACAUUUUGUCUUGUGAUUGUCCUGUCUCAUACAACCUUCCAUACAACCCAAAGCAGGUUCUCCUCAAAGGCUGACUAUUGGCUGGGACAGUCAUUUUACAUUGAUUACAGAAAAAGAACUCCUAAAUCUUCCCAAACGCCACAAUGGCCUAAAAGUGGAAAAGAUACACUGAAGUAAAAAAUGGUGGCUUUACAACUGGCCAGUCCUCUUGUGGGGAAAGUGCGAAUCCACUCCCGUGGGAAUGUGGAUGAUGGGCCUGGUCAGCCCACAGCCACGUCCCCAGCUCGUGGAGCUGAGGGUGGACCGAGGCUCCUGAGCCACAGCGGGCUGCGGGAGCCUCCCUGCCACUGCAGGGGCCUGGGCUCUGGAAUCAUGUCGGAGAAGACCUGGGCUUCCGCUGUCAGCUCAUUACUCCCUACGGAAUGGGAGCAACGAACUCCCCCUUCUGCGUGAGCCUCAGUGUCCCCAUCCAGGGAGCUUGCGGAUGAGGCUGUGCAAGCGGACGGAAGCACCUGCGGUCACGUGUACUACCUUCUGCGCUGAGGGGGAGGCUGCUGCUGGUAAACUUCAGAUCGGCUUGCUUCUUCAAACACUGAGAAUGAGAUACAACCCUGGAGUGCGCGGGAGGGCGGGGCUUCAGUGUGGCCUCUGCCACUGAAUACCCGUAUGACCUCGGGCAAGUCACUUACUAGCCCUGAGCCUCGCUUUGUCCACCUGUAAAAUGGAGACGCUAACACCCUUCCUGCCUGCUUCUGCUAGGGGCCUUAAAAGCAUUGUGGAACAAGUGCUAUGGAGCAGAGCUUCUGCAGGCAGGCUCCAGGCGUGCCGCAGCCGGAUGAGCCGCCUUCUUGGGCUCUUCCUGUAGACGCAAGGGGAUUUAAAGUUGAAGAGCCCAGGCUGCCUGUAGCCAGGGCCACCAGGCCCGUCUGGGACCAAGGAGAUGGCUUCUCACGGGCUGCCUCGGAAAGCGAGGCUUACCAGGUGGCUGGGUGCUUUAGAAUGAGGAUCCUUCCAACACGCCCUUCUACGCCACCAUUAACCAGCCUGCCAGGGAGCGCUGCCUUCUAGGGGCAGCAACUUGUUUCCCUUCAGGCCUGCGCUCGCUCUAACCUUGAUUUAAAGCCUGGCUGUACUCGGACUUAAGGGGCUGGUUGUGGCCCGGUGACUUCCUCCCUGCAGGCCUCCUGGCCCACGCGUACCUUGCAGCCAGGUGGUGGCCGGGAUUGAAGCCACGGGUGUAGGCCCCGAGUGAGGCCGGCCAGAGGUGAGUCUGCAGAAGCUGAUGGAGGACGAGGUCCUGCUUCCUGCUUGACAUCUCUGAAACACUAAUUUGGGGGCCUGUCGUAAAUCUAGGGAAGGCAGCUCUGUGGGGAAAGAGAAGUGCGCUUUGUAUCCCAGUACUCCUUCCGCAGCAGGCCCUCACAGUACCUGGCUCUGCCGCCUCCUGCUGCUGCCUGGGGCCAGGUAGGCGCCCAGGGAAGGUGGCAGAACCCCGCUGCAGAGGCUGCUUCUUGAGGCCUCAGCUUGGACCCCCAUGGGUAGGUAGCAGGGAGGCCAGAUUCCUUCAGAGCUGGGGAAGAUAACGGGUUUUGUUAGCUGGCUGUCGGAGGGCCUGCAUGUCCCAGGGAAGGUCUUGUGACACCCUGGGGAGUUUCACUUCUGGUACAUUUUUUUUAUCUUCAUGCUUUGAAUCUGGCGUGAUUCCUUCCAGCCCUCCUCUUAAAAAGUCCAGACAUCUUAAGGAAUAAAAAUGACACGACUGCUGCUACUUUUCCUUUGGGGCAAGUUGAGAAGACCUGUGCUUCUCUGUGGUGCUGAAGGAAGAUCUCGCCUGCCUCAGGCUCCAGACACAGAUCAGGGCGGCAACCAGCCUCCUCUUGGAGGCCACAGAUGCUUGGCGGGGGCCCAAGCAGGUCCCAAGGGCCACCAGGCCGCCCUCCCCCAGGCUAGUUCUCACCUGUUCAGAAGUGCUGACAGGAGAGUGCUUUGCUUGCCUCUCCCACUCCCUGGGCCCACUCUUGGCCCCUCCUUGGGGAUUCACUAUGUCACAGCUCAAAGAGAAGUUGGCUUCCGGGGGCCAGAUCCCUGAGUCCCAGGCCUGGCACUUCUCAGGGGCGGCGUUGACGUCACCUUCGGUACUCUGGUAGGCCAGCAAGCUGGGUAAGGAGAGGGGAAGGGGAUCCUGGAAGAAGGGUCAGUCCUGUCCCUGCCCCCGUCAUAACCCCCCAACGCCCCACGGUAUUGUACUUUCUGGAAUCUUACACAACCCGCAAAGGAUGGCUUUGCUUUUCAGAUGCCCACUGGCAUUAGUGUAGUGGACAAGGAACCAGCGGACAUUUCAGUGCGCCUCAGCGGCUAGUGUCCCACCCGGCCCCAGCUGCUCUUGGUUCUGCUUUCUCUGUCCUCUGAAGGCGGGCUCUGCAGUUGCCUGGUGCGGGCCCCUCCCCCUCUGAGCAUGCCCAGGCUUUCGGCCUGUCCGCGAUUCUCUGCCAGGUGCCACAGCUGCCUGCCCUGAGUUGGAAACAGCGGCAUGGGUGGGCUGGUUCAGCACCUUUGGGACAGCCAGGGACCUCGGUGAGCUGGGAAUCCUGUUCUAAAGAGGCUGGAGGAGGGACAGGUGGUCUUGUCUUUAGGAGAGGCAGAUAGGGUUCUUGCUUAGUGGGGGUGGAGGGCAGGGGAGGUGGGAGGGUGCUUGUAGCCCCCGCAGAGGGAGGGGCUUGGCGGCAGGGCUCCUUUGCUGUGCUUCCAGCCAGGCGGUGGUGCUGGGGUCCCUGCCAGCCAGUCACACCUCCAGUGAGUUUCCCAGAAGGAGAAGGGAAGCUGCUGUGUGCAGAGAAGAACGGAGAAUCAGACCGAGUCCCAGCACGACCCGCAUGGGUUCUGAGCACACCCUGACUGUGACUCCCAGCUGAAAGGGACUGAGCCCCGAGACUGUGAGGGGUGUCACUGGCCAGAGGGUGCAGCAGUGCCAUGGGUCCCCUCUCUGUCCCCUUUCCCUCUCCUUUGCUCCAUUGCCUGGGGAGGUUGCGGGCCGGAGGCCUUGGACAAGGGACACGCGGCCUCCUGUGUUGGCCCUGCAACGAAACGAGAAGGCAGUUUCUCUGAAGACGAUGACAUGUUCCAGGGCAGGCCAGAGGAAGGCAGCACUGCGGCUGGCGGGCGGCCAGAACCCUUGGGCAGCCGUGUGAUUACUAAUAAGGCCUUUAGCCCAGACAGGCGGCACUAGCCCAGCCUGAAGUAGGUGCCGUUGGGGGCCAGAAGCCAUCCCUGUAGGAAGUGGGGGUGGCUGGGAGCCCCAAUCCCUGAGUUAAAUUCACACUCUCCCUGGCUCAACUCUUUGUAUUAAUAUUAAUAUCCGUGAGACCAGAGAUGGUGUAUGUACACACACACACACACACACACACACACACACACACACACACAUGCUCUGCUCGAUGAAUCCAAGGGAGCUGCUGGUGUCACCCCAGGAUGGGAACCCAGAGGCUCAAGCGCCCUGCCAGCCUGGCCACGGGGCUCAUGGCUGUAAAGGGGCCUUUGUGUGUAGAAAGCCAUCAGUUCCACCAACGCCCUCUGUCUCCAGCUCACCUCUGCCUCUUUGGGCGAGAUAUUUAGUGACAGUGGCGGACUUGUAAACAAAGACGUCUCCAUUCUGCUAUCAAAGGGAAGCAAAGACUAAGGCUAGCAUAGGGCGUAGGGUUUUACUGACGUCACCCUUUCAUGUUUAUGGCCCACUGGGGCCUUUGUUUUCCCCUGUGUUUCCUUUCCCUGAAACCCUCUCUUCCUUCCCUCCUGCCAGGCAGGAUGCCAAAGAGCAGGGUGGUGGGGGAGCAAAACAGCCUAAUCCAGGAAGACAAUGCAGCUGCGCACCUUUUCAGCAUCUACUUGGAGUCAUCUAAGUUAGGGACUAGGAAGAGCAGAGGAAACAGCACUGGGUAGUGUGUGGGCGAAUGCAUGAAGAUGCAGGAUGUCCAUCUCAGCACGGAGCAGGUGUGGGCAGGUGGACGAGGCCUGCGGGGAGCCGGGAGACCGGUGCACCCAGUCCGUGAGGCACUUGGGGAGGCUGGUGGGUCACGCUCGGGCAAGCGGUGGUGACCACUUGUCUGCUGUGUGCCGCUCUGGGUGCUGCUUCUCCGAAAGCAAAUGGGCACAUUUCCUGAUGCCAAGAGUGAUUGCUGCUUGGGUUGGUACUGGCUCAAACUCUCAGCAGGGCCACAACUAUGCACACAGCAAUGCCUUAGGUUCUACAGGGCUGGGCAAACAAGCCACACGCAGGCUCGGCCUGCAGGCUGCUUCUUAGCUGUAGAAGUAAAUUCUGCCGUGGAAUCCUGACCUGUGUUGGAUAGCACGCCUCACAGGAAGGUGUCUGUGCAUGUCCAGGGCUCUGUUAACGACAACCAUUCAUCAGUGGAAGACUAGCAGGUGGACACAUCUGGUUACGUCCAUCCUCUGAAGGCUACGGAGAAGCCAGGAGUCCUCAGCCCCACUGCCUCCAUGUUUCCCCAAAGCCUGGCUGACCUUGGAAGAGGAGUGGCAGUGAGGUGCUGGAGGUGUCUUGGGGGACCGUGCUGAGCGGCCAGGAAUUCGAGGCUGUGUCUCUGAAGGCCACGUUCUGGUUCCUGGGGUGCAGCGUGGGGUGGCAGUGUCAGCAGGGCCUGAGUAGCAGCAGAAAGUGACCCACAUGAUGACCCUUGUGCAGGCCCUGCUGGGGUGGGGGUGGGGCCAGAGCCUAGUACACGGAUUACAUGGGCUCCCAUGGGGACCCUGGCAAGGGAGGCCCAGUGUGCAGGGGGUACUCCCACAUGGGUGGCCUCUCUGUGUGUGUGUGUGUGUGUGUGUGUGUGUGUGUGAAGCUCACUGCUAGAGGUGCUUUUAUUAAGCCUCCUCUGCCUGCCUUCGGCCAGGGGCUUUUCAGAUCCUAGCUUCAUGCUUCACUUGACUGCCAGUUGUCUGUGUUGACAGCACUGGGAGUAAACCAUUUGUUCCAUCUCUGCUUUACUCUGAGCUGUUCCCUGGAGAAGCCACACUAGGGUGCUUGUGAGUGAAAUGCUGGCCUGGUGAGGGCCUGGGGGAGGUCUUCCCCUAUGGGAGGUCAGCUCGGGCUGGUGGGAAGUGGCCUGUGAGGAGGCUCCUCUGGGCCUGGGACUCUGAGCGAGGGGGACUUCAGUGGCCUCUGUGCAGAGGACGUGAGGCUGGGCUAUGAGCCUGGGGCCUGUGAGCUGGCCACAGGGUCUGGGGCUCGGCCACCACGCAUACGAAGGCACGUGGCGAAGAUUCUUUGCAACAAAACCGCCUGGGAAUGGAGGGUGACACCUGUCUAGCACUGGUGGGGUUGGGAGCAGGGAGGAAGCCCAUCCAACCUGGACUCCGUUGAGGCCAGACUAAUGCCACUGUCCCAAGCAGCCAGCAGGGCAUUGGAAGCCUUGGCUUGGGACAGGAGUGAGGCACCAAUCUUAGGAAUUCACUGCCCUCCCCGGAUCUGGGCUGCAUUCAGAACAGGACCUUGCAAUACUCUGAUGCUCUCGAUCACUGGUCUCCGUGGUACCCUCGAUCUGCAGGUAGGAUGCAGGCGUCCUAGUGUGGGCACUAGAAAAGGAGCCAUUCAGUUCCACACCACCAUCACCCUCUUGUGUGCUCUUGCCUUCUAGCCCUCGGACCAACUCCUUUGGAUCUCAGUUACCUAGAUUGACUGGGAGAGCCAGUCCGUGGCAUGGGCAGUGCUGUGAGGGUGGGGCUUCCUUUCAUGCCCUUGAACCCCACUAUGCUGGGCCUUCGUACCCAGCGCUGCACUGCCUCUUGCUGACUGAACAAUGAGAGUUUUUGCCUUUUGGCUUGGGUGUGCAAAACAGGCCAAUCAGCUUCGUGAGGUAAGAGAAAAGGGCUGCAGACUGUGGAAGUUGUGUGGAGGGGCCAAGGACCACAGCUCCAUUCAGUGUCCUCCGCCUUCUCUGCAAAGCCUCCACAGCCACAAGCAUGCGAUGCGUCCAUUCGCCACAUGGCUGGCUCUGCUUGUCCCUCAGGCAUGCUGUGAUUGUAGUUUCAGCCUCUACGUGUGUGCGCGGGCGCCCUGGUCCUCUGUCUUCUAGGAAUGCGCAUUUCUUCCAGGUGUCAAUUCUUACUCUUUUUGUGGUUCCCAAUGUGAAAAGUGCUGUGCUGUUUCUGCGUGGUCUAAGGGACGUGUCAAGGUCUCUCAGUGUUUCAGUAGUGGAGGUGUGGCUGUGCCCUGUCCCCCACCAUCCCUAGGGACACACGGGCGGAUUGUGAAUGUCUCCGGGGAAUCUACAGGUUGGCAAUGGCUCUCGGCUGGAUCCCGGCUCACUGACCUAGAGUUGCCUGGGGAAGGAGAGGCAGCUGCUCUUCAUUCAGAAGGCGGGAGGAAGGGUUGCCCUAAGGACCCUCCCCUCCCUUCCUCCUGCCCUCAGUGGAUUCUGGGAGGGGGCUGGGGAGAGGGCAAGACUGCAAGCUGGUGCCAUGGUGGUCAGCACAGGCACCCAUCAGUUGCUAUCUUUGCGGCUCCUGGAACUCUUAGUCCCUCAGGGGACCCUUCCACAUUCAUAAAGACUGAGUCACAAGCCCCAUCUCUUCCUUGCUGUGGUUAGUAUCUAGUUCUGUGAUUGGUUAGCAGUGUUGACUACCCACGUAGCAAAUCUUUUGUCUGCAAUUUAGAGAAUGU